AUGAGUCGCGUCCACUCUGCUGACGAGCUCGAGGUGUGUGAAGAAGUGGGCCGUGGAGGCUUCGGGGUCGUCUACCGUGGGAUCAUCAAGGCCACCAACGAGGAGGUGGCAAUAAAGCAGAUCGACUUGGAAAACGACCAGACUGACCUCUUCGAAAUCAACAAAGAAAUCCAGAUCAUCUCCGAGUGUCGGCUCGAGCAAAUCACUGGCUACUUGGGGUGUUUCGUCAAACAGUACAAGCUCUGGGUGAUCAUGGAGUUUGUCAACGGAGGCUCGUUGUUUGAAAUGCUCAAGCCAGGCCCCAUCCACGACGAGCGCACGAUCCUGAUCAUCGUCAAGGAAAUCCUUGUGGCGUUGGAGUAUCUCCACAAUCAGGGCAAAAUCCACCGGGACCUCAAGUCACAGAAUAUUCUUUUGAGCAAAGGCGGAGAGGUCAAGUUGACCGACUUCGGGGUGUCCACCCAGCUCUCUUCCAAUUUCUCCCGUAGAAACACCACCGUGGGAACUCCAUACUGGAUGGCACCCGAAGUAAUAUUGAACAAUAACGGGGGCCACAGUUUCAAGGCCGAUAUAUGGUCGUUGGGGUGUUGUGCCUAUGAGAUUUUCAACGGCAAGCCCCCGUUGCAGAACCACUUCCCCCCAAUGAAAGCAUUGCGACAAAUCAGCAGAUGCCAUAACAAUGAAGAUUUCGUCAACAUCAUUGAAUUGAGUUCGAUGGAAAUUUCCAGCGUCUUCAGGGACUUCUUGGAGAAAUGUUUCAUUGUGGAUCCAAAAGAGCGGUUUUCAGCAAUCAAAUUAUUGAACCACAAGUUUAUUCAGAAAUACGACAAAUCAACGGAAAAGUUCAAGCUAGUGAAGAGUCUUAUCACCAAGAAGCAACUCUGGGACCAGGAAAACCAUGUAAUUAAAAACCACAACUUUUACGUGCCUACAGAAAUGGUCAAAAACCAAAAGAAAUGGAGAGGCGAAGAUGAUGAGGAGAACAACCAAUUUCAAUUUGAUAUUAGUCUGAUCAGUGGGUUUCCUCCGAGCCCCAAGACUUCAAGGGAAUCGUCUCGCUCUCCUGGGGGCCAAGAGAAGUCCAAGUCACCGGAAAAGAAUAAUGCUUCAAUCAACUUGCAGAGCUUGAUGAAAACAACUACCAAGCAGGACCAAUUUAAAAAAACCAUCCGGCCCGAAUUCCAUCGUAUACUCAAUAAGGUAUUCCACAAGUUGGAGACUAAGAACAGCUUGACAACCCAGCAGUAUGAUCUCUUGGUAUCAUUAAACAACGACCUCUUGAAUCUCUUUAGCUUCACACAGUCGUCAGACCCCAACGAGCAAGGAAACUACAAGAAGAUUUUGGUGUUCCAACACUUGAAGUAUUUCUUGAAGGAAAUAAGCAAAUCCAAUGAUAUUGAAACUUAUGGACCAAGCAACUCCAAAGUAAUACUACAGAAAUUGAUCAUACCCUCCAACUUCAACGUGGGCCAACGACAGGUAUCUGAGGCUACACCCGAAAGAGGUGGUUCGAUACGGGAAUUUGAUGAGAUAGAGAAUAGUUUAUUCGAGUCUUGGAUAGACAAGAUGAACGAAAAAUGGGCAUAG